AUGCACAACGAGGUUCAAAAGCAACGUGCUUUACAGAACGGAGAUGUAAAUGCCGCACUGCGUUUUUUUGAAGGUGCUGCCAGAAACGACGAGAAACUGUUUUGGAGGUAUAAGGUAGCGGCUGGUUCUCAUUUGUGUGACAUUAUAUGGAGUGAUGGUCAAAGCCAGGAAGAUUAUGAGGCAUUCGGUGAUGUCCUUGCCUUUGAUGCGACCUAUGGGAGGAACAAGUAUAACCUUCCUGUUAUUGUUUUGUCCGGGGUUAAUCACCAUAAUCAGACAUGCGUGUUUGCAGCAGCAAUGGUUUCAUGUGAGUCACAGGAUUCGUAUAAAUGGGUGCUGAGACGGUUUUUGGAAUGCAUGCGGGAAAAGGCCCUAAAGGCAGUCAUAACUGAUGGGGAUCCUUCUAUGAGGCUAGCUAUUAUGCAUGUAUUUCCAGAUGCUCAUCACAGACUUUGCGCGUGGCACCUACUAAGGAAUGACACUGCUCAUGUCUCACAACCACGUUUCACCCAAUUAUUCAAACAGUGCAUGCUGGCUGACAUAGAGGUUGAUGAAUUUGAAAUGCAGUGGAAGGCGAUGGUUGAUAAGUGUGGUGUUCCAGAGGUUGAAUGGGUGAUGGACCCAUAUAGAAAGAAGUUGUACUGGGGCACCGCAUACAUACGGGGCAGAUUCUUUGCAGGUUUAAGGACAACCUCUCAGUGCGAGUCGUUGCAUGCUAAGUUGGGUGGGUUUGUGGAGAGUAGAUAUGUGAUAUUGGACUUUGUUACAAACUUUCAAAGAUGUGUUAAUUUCCUUAGAGACAAGGAGGAGGAGCUUGACUUUCGUUCCUUUUAUGGUACCCCAGUGCUUCAAACACAGUUCCCAGAGUUUGAGAGGUCAGCGGCAACCCUGUAUACCCGGGAACUUUUUCAUAGGUUUCAAGAGUCCCUAAAGUGGGCCAUAAGAUUUUACAUUACCGACUCCCAGGAUUGUGAAAAUGGAUGUUGCUAUGUGAUACAGAAGUACCACCGACCGCAGUCAACCUGGAUGGAGUCAUAUGGGAUCCCUUGUGUUCACAUAAUUGUAGUUCUGGUUGGUAAUGAUAUCGGUUCUUUGCCAGAGACUCUGGUUCUGAAGAGGUGGUGCAAAAACGCCAAGAACUAUGUGACUUUCGUUAGACAAGUUACUGAAACGGGUGAUGCUGCAUCCCGGUAUCGUAGCAAACUUGGUGCAUUUCUUGACCAAUGUAAGCGUUUUGCCAAGGUGGCUUGUCUAAGGGAUGAGGACUACAAGGUCUUCAGUGAAAAAUGGCACGUGAUACUAUCAUGUUGGAGUCAAGAAUGGGUUACGUGUGGCCCCAGAUGUGAAUCCACACCUUAA